UAAUUAGAAUUCAUGUGAAAAUGCUCAACAUAUUUGCCAUGCGCAGCUUCUUAUACAUAUUCCUAUUAGGAACUUUGUCCAGAUGUAACGUGGGGUGUCCAAUUCCCCAGACGGGCCGCCUGCGCGCGGCCGCUUCCCCCGAGGCUCCGCUCCGACUCCGCCUCGAGGCGCGUGACGCGGAGCGUCUGAGGAGCAGCGACAGUAUAAGACCCCCGCGCACAGUCACGCACCAGGACCAUAAGAAGAGCGCGAGCGAGGAGAGAGAUGAAGAGGAUUUAAGAGCAUCAAAAGGACACACGACGCGAGUGAUGAAACGGGUUUGAGAGUCGUUCCGCAACACUGCUCGGUUCCGUCUCAGCUUCUUUGGGAUUUUACUGCGCACUUUGAACACGGAGGAGUGGAAAAUAAACGCAGGGGAAAUGGCACAGCUGCACGUGAGAUGCCUCUUGGCCUUGGCUUUACUACAAACUGUUUUGUCCUCCGGUGUGUUUGAGCUGAAGAUUCAUUCGUUCCACACGGCGCAGCGCAUCUGUAGGAGACACAGGGACUGCCACAUAUUUUUUAGAAUAUGCCUGAAGCACGCGGAGGACGUGAUUUCAGCGGAGCCGCCUUGCACGUUCGGCACCGGUCAAACCAACGUGAUCCGAGCCGAUCACACGUCCAUCUCCAGCAGCGCUGCCAUCAGGGUGCCUUUCCAUUUCAAGUGGCCUGGAACUUUUUCGUUGAUCAUCGAAGCGUGGAACGCGGAGUCUCCGACCGAAUACACCGACAACCAGAACAACCUGGUGAGCCGCCUGGCCACCAGGAGGAGACUGGCCAUCGGCGAGGACUGGUCCCAGGACGUGCACUUCGGCGAACAGAGCGAGCUGCGCUACUCCUACCACGUCUUCUGUGACGAGUUCUACUUCGGGGACGGCUGCGCCGACUACUGCAGACCCAGGGACGACACGCUGGGCCACUACACCUGCGACGAGGAGGGCAACCGCAUGUGCCUGCAGGGCUGGAAGGGGAACUACUGCUCCGAGCCCAUCUGCUCAGCGGACUGCAGUGAGAAGCACGGCUACUGCGAGGCCCCGGGGGGCUGUACUUGCCGCAUGGGCUGGCAGGGCCCCUCCUGCAGCCAGUGCGUGCGCUACCCAGGCUGCCUCCACGGGACGUGCACGCAGCCGUGGCAGUGCAACUGCCAGGAGGGCUGGGGGGGCCUCUUCUGUGACCAGGACCUCAACUACUGCACCAACCACAAGCCCUGCGCCAACAGCGCCACCUGCACCAACACGGGCCAGGGCAGCUACACCUGCACCUGCCGGCCCGGCUACGGAGGCACCAACUGUGAGCUGGAAACCAACGAGUGCGACAGCAACCCCUGCAAGAACGGGGGCAGCUGCAACGAUCUGGAGAAUGACUAUUCCUGCACCUGCCCUCAGGGAUUCUACGGGAAGAACUGCGAGAUCAUCGCCAUGACGUGCGCCGACGGUCCCUGCUUCAACGGCGGCACGUGCGUGGAGACGACGACCGGAGGCUACACCUGCCGCUGCCCUCCGAGCUACACGGGCUCCAACUGCGAGAAGAAGCUGGACCGCUGCAGCAACAGGCCCUGUCUGAACGGUGGCGAGUGUCUGGACCUUGGCCAGAGCAUCUUGUGUCGCUGCCAGGCGGGAUUCACCGGGGCCAACUGCCAGAUGAACAUCGACGACUGCGCUUCAAGCCCCUGCCAGAACGCUGGAACCUGCCAAGAUGGCGUCAACGACUACACCUGCUCGUGCACCCUGGGGUACACCGGCAGAAACUGCACGGUGCGCUCGGACGCCUGCGGCGCCCAUCCGUGCCAGAACGGCGGGACCUGCUUCACCCACUUCACGGGGCCCGUCUGCCAGUGCCCCAAGGGCUUCAUGGGUCCGAGCUGUGAGUUCACGCUCCAGCCCAGCUUCAAGCCCGCUCUGCGUCAAACCUCUCAGCCCACCUCCGCUACCGUCACCGUCUCCUGCGUUCUGGCCGUGUUGGUGCUGGUUCUGGUGGUGGGCAUCGUCUUCCUGAGGAGGAGGAGGAGGCUGCAGGGGAGGAAGCAGCUGAGCGACGUUGCCGUUUACAAUGACCUAGAGACGGUCAACAACCUGGGAGGGGGCGAGAGGGAGGCCUUCCUGGGGCCCAACGGCCUGUUCAAGAUCAGCAACAGCACGGCUCGCCUCAGCCUCUCACUGAGCCCAGAGAGCAGGUCCGGCUACAGACCAGAGGCCAGAGGCGAGCGCCAGGACUUCAUGUGGCGCGACGAGGCCCGACUGGGCUCUGCAGCUGGACUGAGAUGAACUAAAGCCACGGACAAGCAGGGGAAGGAGGAUAUUAGCACUUGUUGAUCCUCUCGCUUCAUGCACAGUGAGGAGAGAAACGGAGUCAUGAGAUGGGAGCCAUUCAGCUCAUGCUAGUAAAAUGUUAGCAUAGAAAACAAAUGAACUGCUCUAAUGGAGACUUUACAAAGAUUGUUGUAACAGUGUAAGGGGCAAAGCUCUUCCAUGUUAAAGACCCAAAGACACAAAUAAUAAGAUUCACUUUUCACAGGACCUAUCACACAAACCAAAUACAGGAAGUCACAACAGUUAGAGCAGCUUUGGAAAACCUGCCCAAAAAAAUCAUCUAGACUUUGCUUUCAGUUCACUUUGUGUAAUAGUUUCUCAUUUUUUAAAACACACUUUUGUUUUGCUUUUCAAUCUUCCUUUGACCAUUAUUUCCUUAUUGUGCGCACCAUCAUUUGAAUUACUUAUAUUAUUUAUUUAUUUGAAAACCUAUGUUUAUGGCUUCGCUUCGAUUGUCACAGAUGUAUAGAUAUAUUUAUAUGAUGCUGAAUGAAGACCGACACUCAAUGUGGUACCAGGAGGUUCUAUGUAGGCUGCACAGGCUGGUGUGAAAUAUCUCAAAGAUAUUCAGGGCAGGAAUAUAAGAAAAAUGCUUUAUCACACAGAGUCAGCCAGUAGUGUAAUUUAUAAAUAUAUAGUAUAUUAAGUACUGACUGGGUUGCUUUUUUCACGUGCCAUUUUGAUUUCAUGCCAAAGUUUCUGUUAUUUUCAUUUAAUUUCAUUGUGUUGUGGAUGUGAUGUGGAAUAAAGGAUCUGCUUGGAUGCCUG